AUGGCCUCCAACCCCAUUAUCUCUCUUCUGUCCAAGGAGUUGUUAACCGGCGAGAACUUCAUGAAAUGGAAAUCUAAUAUCAACAUAGUGUUGAUCGGCGACAACUCAAAAUUCGUGAUGACUGAAGCUGAACCUGACUUUCCUGGAGAGAAUGCCUCGAAGGCAGUGAGGGAGAAGUAUGAUCGUUGGACUGCUGCCAACAACAAGGCCAAGGCCUACAUGCUCGCCAGCAUGUCAGAAACGGUAAGGACUAAGAUGGAAGAUAUCGAAACUGCUUACGACAUCAUGGAGCAACUCCAAGAAAUGUUUGGACACAAGUCAGCGCAAGCUAGUUUCGAGGCUACCAAGAAGUAUGUGAACUGUAGGAUGGCACCUGGCCAACAUGUUCGUGAUCAUUUUAUUAAGAUGACGAACUACUUCCAAGAAGCUGAGUUGCAUGGAGCAACAGUAGAUGAGAAGACUCAAGUUGGAAUCAUUCUCAACAGCCUUGCACCUAGUUUCCUUACGUUCACCACGAACUAUUUUCUUAACAAGUUGGACUAUGGAAUGACUCAGUUAUUGAAUGAGCUCCAGAUGUAUGAAGGAAUAAAUGGUGGACCGAGUAAAGGACCUGAGAAGAAGGCUGCUACUACCGGGGGUGCUCAGGGUGAGGCUAACCUAGCCUCUUCCUCGAAGAGCAAGAAGAGAAAGGCAAGGAAGGACAAAAAGAAAGCUAAGAAGCAAGCAGCUGGAAAGGCACCAACAACUGAAAAGCCUGUUGGAGCAAAGCCAACUAGCAAGAAGGCUAAAGGACAAUGUUUCCAUUGCAAGGAGGAGGGGCAUUGGAAGCGUAAUUGCCCCGCCCUCAAGGCAACUGGAACCCAAGCCUUAGACAAAUUAGCGAGAAAAGUAGAAGCUUUAGCCAUAAGCCAAACUAUAAACUCUCCAAUUCAACCUAGAAAAGAUGUUUGUUCUAUAUGUUCUAGUCCUUGCCAUAAUGCCCAAUCAUGCCCUUCCUACCAAGAAGCCUUUUCUGAGGAGGCCAAUGCACUUCAUACUUAUGGGAAACCAAAUGAUAGCCCAUUUUCGUCCACCUACAAUCCAAAUUGGAGAAACCAUCCGAACUUUUCAUGGAGACAAAACCAACCCCAAAUGAAUCAAGGGCACCAAUACAACACACAAAACCAAGCUCAUGCCCCACAAAAUCAACCAUAUCCGCAACAAAGAAAACCUUCCUUAGAAGAUACUUUACAACAAUUUAUGCAAUCCACCCAACAAAUCCUACAAAAUCAAUCUCAAUCUAUUACCAAACUCGAGACACAAGUAGGACAACUCGCCACUGCUUUAGCUGAUAGAGAAAAAGGAACAUUCCCUAGUCAACCUAUCCCUAAUCCAAAAGGUCAAUAUGAGAUAGGAAAGUCUAGUCAUAAUGGAGAAGUCAAAUCAAUUUCAACUCUUAGGUCUGGAAAGAAAAUUGUCAAACCCGAUUACAUACCCGAGGUUGAAAAUGAAAAAGAAAAAGAAAAGAAUGCCAUUAAACAAAUUCCUGCCUACUCUAAAUUUUUAAAGGAUCUUUGUACUGUUAAAAGAAACACUAAUGUUCCUAAAAAGGCGUUUUUAACUGAACAAGCUAAAGAGAAUGCUAAAACCUCUCGGGAAUGUCAAAGAAGAUUAAAUCCAAAUAUGAAAGAAGUAGUUAGAGAAGAGGUCAUAAAAUUGUUAGACGUAGGUAUCAUUUACCCUAUUUCUGAUAGUCAAUGGGUUAGUCCUGUUCAAGUUGUGCCUAAGAAGUCUGGGAUUACGGUUGUUGAAAAUGAAAAAAAUGAAUUAAUCCCUACUAGAGUACAAACGGGGUGGAGAGUGUGCAUAGACUAUAGAAAGCUGAAUAAUGUUACUAGAAAAGACCAUUUUCCAUUACCUUUCAUUGAUCAAAUGCUUGAACGAUUAGUUGGCCAUGCAUAUUAUUGUUUUCUUGAUGGGUAUUCGGGAUAUAACCAAAUCCCCAUUGCCUCAGAAGAUCAAGAAAAGACUACAUUUACAUGCCCUUUUGGGACUUUUGCCUAUCGUCGCAUGCCUUUUGGAUUAUGUAAUGCACCCGCGACUUUUCAAAGAUGUAUGAUUUCGAUUUUUUCUGACAUGGUUGAAAGAUUUCUUGAAGUAUUUAUGGAUGAUUUUUCUGUGUUUGGUUCCUCUUUUGAUGAAUGUUUGCACCAUCUUUCACUUGUUUUAAUUCGUUGCAAAGAGAAAAACCUUGUGCUCAACUGGGAAAAAUGUCAUUUUAUGGUUAAAAAAGGAAUUGUUUUAGGUCAUGUAAUCUCAUCUGACGGCAUAGAAGUUGAUAAAGCUAAAGUUGAUCUUAUUUCAAAACUUCCCCCACCUAAAACUGUGAAAGAAAUUAGAUCAUUUUUAGGUCAUGCCGGUUUUUAUAGAAGAUUUAUAAAAGACUUUAGCAAAAUUUCUCGGCCUUUAUGCCAUUUACUUGGAAAAGAAAAUGCUUUUGUCUUUGAUAAUAAUUGCCAUGUUGCCUUUGAAAAAUUAAAAAGUUUGUUGACUACUGCACCCAUUAUUCGACCUCCUGAUUGGAAAAUACCUUUUGAAAUAAUGUGUGAUGCUUCUGAUUAUGCUAUAGGUGCUGUCUUAGGACAAAGACUUGAAAAAAUACCUCAUGUAAUUUACUAUGCUAGCAAAACUUUAAAUGAUGCUCAAUUAAAUUAUUCCACAACCGAAAAAGAAUUGCUUGCUGUUGUUUUUGCAUUGGAGAAAUUUAGAUCUUAUUUGUUAGGAUCUAAAAUUAUUGUCUAUUCUGAUCAUGCUGCAUUAAAAUAUCUCUUAUCGAAAAAAGAUGCCAAGUCUCGUUUGAUCCGUUGGAUCUUGCUUUUACAAGAAUUCGACUUAGAAAUACGUGAUAAAAAAGGAUCUGAAAAUGUUGUUGCUGAUCAUUUAUCUAGACUAGUUGUUGAAACUAUACAUGAUUCCACUCCUAUCACUGAAACUUUUCCUGAUGAACAAUUAAUGCAUAUUUCUUCAUUACCUUGGUAUGCUGAUAUUGUUAAUUAUUUGGUCACUAAAGAAAUACCAUCUCAUUGGUCUAAGCAUGAUAAAUCUAAAUUUUAUUCUGAGGUGAAAAACUUUAUUUGGGAUGAUCCUUACUUGUUUAAAUACUGCCCUGAUCAAAUAAUUAGAAGAUGCAUUCCAAACUGUGAAACUAGUGGUCAAGUUGAAGUGUCUAAUAGGGAAGUUAAGCACAUCUUAGAAAAAACUGUGAAUCCAACUAGGAAAGAUUGGUCCUUAAGACUCACUGAUGCAUUAUGGGCGUAUCGUACCGCGUACAAAACACCCAUUGGCAUGUCACCCUACAGACUUGUGUAUGGGAAGGCGUGCCACUUACCUGUUGAGUUAGAACAUAGAGCCUUUUGGGCAAUUAAGCAGUUAAACUUUUCUUUAGACAAGGCAGGUGAGAAACGAAAACUUCAACUAAAUGAACUAGACGAAAUUAGGAAUGAUGCAUAUGACUAUUCAAAAAAGUAUAAGGAUCGCAUGAAAUUUUACCAUGAUAAAAAUAUUUUGCGAAAAGAUUUUUAUCCAGGUCAGAAAGUCCUUUUAUACAACUCUCGUUUGCAUUUAUUCCCGGGAAAGUUACGCUCUAGGUGGUCCGGUCCUUACAUUGUUCGUAUUGUUUUUCCACAUGGAGCUAUUGAAAUUGAAAAUCCUAAAAAUGGUGAUAUAUUUAAAGUUAAUGGACAAAAAUUAAAACCAUUUUUAGAAUUAAAAUCUGAUGAAGUGGAUGAGAUACUACCUUUAGAUUUGAAGGAAGAUUCAGAAACUGUUAAACAUGUCUCUGCUACCACUUUACCUCCUCUGAAAAGAUGUAUUAUUGAGGAACUACCAGAUGAUUGUGAUGUCCAUGCAGAUGUUGUUGGUAUCCCUGUUGAUGCAACCAUGGAUGGGGAACAAGAAGAGUUUGAUGCUGAUCAAUAUUCAGAGGAAUUUCAGGAUGCUGACUUUGAUGAACCUGAUGAAGAGGAAUAUGAAAAAUAG